AUGAGAAUGCCUUGAGGCACAAGGAGAAGCUAGUGAGCAAAAUAGACAUGAGUUGAUUACAUUCCAAUAUGGUGGAAAGGGAAGUAAGCUCAAUCGCAAUCGUUGAUAGUACAAAUGUAUAGAAUGAUCGGGAGAUAUUGUGAGAUACGAUUUGUUGGCGCUUUUUUGAUAUGGCUUCUCAGGCUGGCCAUAAACAAAGUGCCCUCGUAUGUGUACGUUGCAUUGGUGUUAUUUACUGAUGCCACGGCGACUGGGGGGUGUCCUUCUCAUCUCGUCAUCGCUUGUCUGGCGUCUUCCGUGCUUCUUUUCGGACGCUAUGAGCGGUGUCCACUGUCAAAUGUCCCAGUGCGUGAUCUACUCCACGGACGAAUUUUGGACGUCUUGCCGGGGUGCAAGGUUUAUGAAUGUUUGAGAAAGGCCUGGCCCGUCCUUUUAAGCGAGAGAUGUUAGCGGUGACACGUCAUGAGUGUCAGAUAACAGAUGCAACAU